CUUGUUUCAGCUUCAGGAAAAAUGUCGAGCUCUCUGCGACGGUUCGCGAGCCAUUCUCGCCAGGCCUUUCGAUCCAAUGCCGCCCCAUUCUCAAGACUACUAUCUACAGACUCGUUGGUUGAGAUCUACCCCGGAGAGAUAGGUAGGGUCUCUGGUAUACCCGAAGAACACCUUCGAAGGAGGGUUGUAAUCUAUUCACCUGCUCGAACUGCUACUCAACAAGGAUCAGGAAAAGUUGGAAGGUGGAAAAUCAAUUUUAUUUCAACCCAAAAAUGGGAAAACCCUUUGAUGGGAUGGACAUCCACAGGGGAUCCAUAUGCUAAUGUUGGUGAUGCUGCACUGAGUUUUGACAGUGAAGAAGCUGCAAAAGAAUUUGCUGAAAAACAUGGCUGGGAGUACACAGUUAAGAAGCGCCAGACACCACUUUUAAAGGUCAAGGCAUAUGCAGACAACUUCAAGUGGAAGGGCCCUCCCAAAACGGAGGAAUACUGAAUUAUCUCUCACCUGUUAGGUUUGUUGUUUUCUUGGGAUACCCGGGCAGAGAUUACGCCAUGAAGCUUGCAUUUUCUUUGUUGCUUGUUUUCUAGCAAGUGAUGUUGGUGAAGUUCCAUUGAAGACUGCUGUCUCAAAUAGGCUACUUGAUUUUAAUAAAUCGAACUCUUGUGUAUUUCUAUUUCUCAUAUGAUGGAAAUAUCUCGGAUUCAUUCUCGUCUUGAUCCACCAUGGAAUCUGCAAAAAAACAUUCUAAGAUUGACAACCUGAACAUUUACCGUUAGUCAUUGGUUAUUUGUAUGCCGAUGACACCUUGAACAUUUACCAUUAGUCAUUGGUUUUAAAGGAGGAACACUAUCCCAUCCCCUUCACUCAGACUGGUGAGGUCACGGGAACUGAAACUGUAUGUAUAUAUGGGACAAACCUUCCAAUGGUCCCCUACUUCAAGAAUGUGGAUUUAAUAAAUGUAUGGAACCAAUUGCAUUGUGAUGUUUAUUUUUUGUAGUUCAA